GCCGCCGACGCCACCAUGACCGCCGCUGCAGUCACCCACAACAACCAUAACAAUGCCUCAACGGAGAAGCCCGUGGCUUUCGAAGAAGCAGUUUCUUUAACAGGUCAGGGCCGCUUCCACUGGGUGCUCCAGCUGGUGUGCGGCGUGUGCCUGGCCACCACCCUGGUGACGAUGCUCAGCACGGGCUACGCGCUGCCCUACGCCCAGUGCGACCUCCGGCUUGCGACGCAGGACAAGGGCGUACUCAACGCUAUCUGCUAUAUCGGCAUGCUGUGCAGCUCGCACCUGUGGGGCUACCUGGCGGACACGCGCGGCCGGCGCACCGUGCUGCUGCUGACGCUGGUGGCGGAUUCGGCGUGCACCGUCCUCUCCAGCUUCUCGCACUCAUUCUGGCUGCUGCUCAUCUUCAGGUUCUGGAACGGCUUCUUCAUCUGCGGGGCGGCGGCGGUGGUGUUCGCGUACCUGGGCGAGUUCCACGGUUUGGCGACCAGGGCGCGCGCCGUCGUCUGGCUGGGCGUCUCCGUCGCCGUGGGCACCAUCUGUCUGCCAGGUCUGGCGUGGCUGGUGAUCCCCAACAGCCACUGGACGCUGCCGCUGGGCUCGCUGGUGUACGGGCCGUGGCGCAUCCUGCUGCUGCUGUGCGCGCUGCCCGGCCUGCUGGCGGCGCUGCUCAUCUGGGCGCUGCUGCCGGAGAGCCCCAAGUUCCUGCUCGCCACCGGCCGCAACCACCAGGCGCUCGACGUGCUGCGACUCAUCUUCGCCACCAACACCGGCAAGGACCCUCUCGACUUCCCCGUGCGGUCUCUGCAGCUGGACAGCCCGCCGCGGCCCUCGGUGGCGUCGCUGGAGGCUGGCGGCCUGUCGACGUCCCCCAAGAGCACCGGCCGGAUGGCCCUCGAGGUGGCCAAGAGCAUGUGGCGGCAGACGGCGCCGCUCUUCUCGCGCCAGCACGCCUGCAACCUCUCCGCCGUCUGCGUCAUCGACUUCGCCAUCUUCGCAUGCUCGAACGGGUUCCUGCUGUGGCUGCCGGAGCUGUUCAGCCGGCUGUCGUCGUACGCGGCGUCGCACCCCUCCCUGAACGAGACGCUGACCGUGUGCCAGGUGGUGGCCGCCGCGGCCGCCGAGGCGCACGCCGCGCGCUACUUCGAGCCCUGGCUGCUCGCCGAUGGAGACCCAGACGUGGACGCCGCGCCGGCCGCCCUCGCCACGCUCGCCCCGGGGCCUGACGGCUGCACCGCCGACGUCGACGUCAGCGUCUUCAGCAACACGCUCAUCAUCGGCGCUACCACCGCCGCCGCCUACAUACUCGCCGGAUACGCCGUACCUUUCGUUGGGAAGAAACGCCUCCUGGUGCUGAGUACGCUGUUGUCGGGUUGCUGCGGCAUCGCGCUGCACUGGGUCGGCUCCCAGGACACGGUGCUCGCGCUGGCCUGCCUCUUCAUGGCGCCCGCCACCAUGUGCAUAUCCGUCGUCAACAGCAUCGUCGUCGACCUCUUCCCCACACAGAUAAGGGCAAUGGCAGUCUGUCUGUCACUUAUGAUGGGACGACUUGGAACUGCACUUGGAAGUGUCUUCAUUGGUUCUAUACUUGAGAUCUCCUGUUCAUCAGUGUUCUUCAUUCUCAGUGGUAUUGUGAUUGGUUGUGGACUGCUGGCACUGACUCUCCCAAACCAUCCAAAAGAUAUGUCAGCACCUGUACUACAGUAAUAUGUCAGUGACCAACAUCUGUACUAUGGAGACAUGUCAGUGACCCUUCUAUUGAUGCCUAAAAGUCUGUAUGGAAUGUCAUCACAGAUAAACAGUACGAAACAUCAUAAACUUGAUUUGCAAUCAUAUUUAUCAUUUUCAUUUGUUAUACUGUAUGAGAUUCAAAAACUGUGAUAAAAUCUCUCAUGUAUUUACUUUAACAUCUUCAUAAUUGUUGAGAAUGAGGAAAUGUUGGUAGACAUGAAAAAAGUUGAAACGGUUCAAGGAAAUGAAUUGUCAUGAAGUGUAACAUUAACUGUAGCUGCAAAGACAGCUGAGAAAGUAAGGAAAAAUAUACUUGAGAAUGUUCUUAAAUUUUCA